ACAUGCAACCGCUUUUGCCCCUCUCAUAUAUCACCAUGGUCUCCCUCUCUUCCUCUCUUUUCUUUUAUCCCCUCUCUCUCUCUCUCUCUCUCUCUCUCUCUCUCUCAAAAGAGAGAUAGAAAGCUAGACUAAAAAGAUGCCCGAGUCUCCCAUUCGGUUGAUUUAGAACCCCUCAAGAUUUCGUAGAUUCCCCAUCACAGGUACAUAUAGAGAGACCGCUGAAGUUUUUAGUUUGGUAAUAAUAUUAUCCAUGGAUCCUGCUUCUAAGGGAUCUUUGCUCGACCAAUCCAAAUCCAGUAACUUAAGCCUAGCACAAAAGAGGGAGCUUGUAUAUGAAUUGUCAACAUGGGAAGAUGGUGCUGCAGAGUUGCUCCACUCGUGGAGCCGCCAUGAAAUUUUAGAAAUCCUAUGUGCGGAAAUUGGUAAAGAAAGGAAAUACACUGGCCUGACAAAAUUGAAGAUUAUAGAGAACCUCCUGAAAGUGGUCUCUGAAAAGAAUUCUCAUAAUCACGGCUCCAUAAAUCACAUUGGACCUGAACCUUCAGCAACAACUGGUCAAAGAAGUGCUAAACGACAGAAGAAAACUGAUCAUCCAGAUAGUAAACCAGUUGCAGAAAACAAGGUGUCAAUCAUUGCCAGUAAUGAUGAUUUAGGUGACACUGUAUUGUGCAAAAAUAUAGCUUGCAGAGCUAAAAUAAGUCGAGGAGAUGCAUUCUGCAGACGGUGUUCAUGCUGUGUCUGUUAUCAGUAUGAUGAUAACAAAGAUCCGAGCUUGUGGCUAACCUGUAGUUCAGAGCAUCCAUUUCCAGGUAAAUCAUGUGGUAUGUCAAGUCAUCUUGAAUGUGCUUUGAAGCAUGAAAAAUCUGGUAUACUCAAGAAAGAGAAGGACGUUGGACUUGAUGGAAAUUUUUAUUGUUUAUCGUGUGGGAAAGUGAAUGAUUUGAUCGAAUGUUGGAGAAAACAGAUGAUAAGAGCAAGAGACACCAGGCGGGUUGACAUUUUGUGUCACCGUAUUUCCUUAAGCCACAAGCUUCUUACAGGUACGAAACACUACCAGAAGCUUUAUGAGAUUGUGGACGAAGCAAUAAAGAAACUGGAAGCAGAUGUCGGCCCCUUUUCUGGUGUACCUGUGAAGCAGGCCAGGGGUAUUGUCAAUAGACUCUCUUCAGGCCCAGAAAUUCAAAGACUUUGCUCCUCAGCUAUUGAGACACUGGACCUGAUUCUUUCUGGCACAGGUUUUGAAGUGUCAUCUGAUCUGGCAGUUCAAGAAUCCCACCCGGUAGCUCCAGAUAUCAGAUUUGAAGAUAUCAGCACCUCAUCAGUUAAUGUGAUUAUCAGCUAUGAAGAUCCACCUGUUGGAAAGAUGUCUGGCUAUACUAUGUGGCAUCGCAAGGUAGACGAACUGGACUAUCAAGCAGAACCAACCUGUACACUGUUUGAACCAAAUGCCAGGUUUUCAUUAUCAGGUCUAUCUCCGGCCACGCCUUAUAUUUUUAAGGUGGUUUUCUUUGAUGACAACAAGAAGUUAAGAACAAUUGAAGUUCAGAUGCAAACAUGCAGUGAUGUUGUCCCAAAUUCCAAGGGCAUAGAAGAAGAAAGAAGUCUUAGUCCAACAACAAAUGGCAGCAGCCUUUCUAAUCCUUCAUCAGUUGAAGAUGAAAGUAAUCAUAAUGUUAAAUCCUGCAUGAAUGAGAAUGCAAAAGAAAGGUAUGUGUAUGUUCCUGCUGCGGAUAAUAACAACUCAAAGAUAUCAUUUACUGGGGGCCUAGACUGUAAUGCAAUGGAUCAGAGAGGACCUCAGGCAGUACCAGUGUCUGUGCAAAAUGAGGAACACACAAUGGCAAAAAUUAACUCAAGGCCAGAUUUCGUGAAUCUUGAGGACAGGCACUCACCAGAACGGCAGAACACUGAGGUGACAAGCCCGAGAAAUGGAACAAACACACUUGUACAAAGUGACACGGAGUUGCCACAGUCUGCACAUAGUUCAGAUGCUGGCUUACCCGAUACUCCAUGCAAGUUGGAAAACUUUAAAGACGGGGUGGCAAGAAGCAGCAGACCUGCACUAAGCAAGGAUCUUGAUAAAGGUUCUGGAGAGGAAGAGAACCGAGAGGAUGGUGGCUCAGUUAAGAAAAGGAGUGCAGGAAGAAGAAAUGAGAAAUGUACAGAAGAUAAUGAUAAGGAUUUUGGGUACUAUGUGAAGGUAAUCAGAUGGUUGGAGUGCGAGGGGCACAUUGAGAAGAGCUUCCGGCAGAAGUUUCUGACUUGGUAUGGCCUAAGAGCUACUCCUGAGCAACUUAGGGUUGUAAAGGUCUUUGUUGAUACACUUGUCGAAGAUCCAUCAUCUCUUGCAGGGCAGCUUGUUGACACUUUCUCCGAAAUUAUAUCCAACAAGUGUCCUCCUACAGCUCCCAUGGGGUUAUGCCUCAGGCUUUUUCAUUGACAGAUAAGAUUCUUUGGUAAUAAGUUUAUUAAAUUCUUCAUUGUUUCUUUAGACUAUCAUCCUUCACAUUGAUAGCGGCUCUGUCAGGUAUAGAUAUUACUUUUAUUGUUAUCAAAGUCUUAAAUAAUGCAAGAGCUUGAAUGCAUGUAAUGUUAAAUAA